CCAGCAGGUUGCAUUUCUCGGAGCAUAUAAGGUCGAGUUCAUGUCGAGUUCACAGCGCUGUCCCAUUCUGUGGAGGCAGCGUCAGAUCUCUCGGGUUGCCCGAGCGUCGAGAUUGCAUCCUUCACGGUUCCCAACGACACUAAGGUCACAAUGAGUUUCGCGGAAGGAGCAACAGUGACCAUGACUGGCGAGGUCACGUUCGCGAGUACAGUCGCUUCCGGUCCUCUCCUUACAUUCGAGGGGACAAACGUCGACUUCAAUGGUAACGGCAUGAUGUUCAACGGAAACGGCGCGGACUACUGGGACGGACUGGGCACGAAUGGGGGGAAGCCAAAGCCACACCCUUUCAUACAGAUCAAGGCCUCCGGUACGUUUGAGAACUUCGUGGCGUACAAUACUCCUGCGCAAGCCAUCAGCGUACAACCGGCUGCCAAUGCGGGCCCGUUAACUAUCACUGGCGUAUACGUGAACAACGCAGCAGGCGACGCGGGCGAGCUGGGUCAUAACACCGAUGGCUUCGACGUCCGCGGAACAGACAUCACGAUUCAGAACUGCAUGGUGCAGAACCAGGAUGAUUGUGUCGCCAUCAACGACGGGUCAAAUAUACUCUUCCAAAACAAUGUCUGCUCCGGGGGUCAUGGGAUGUCCAUCGGUUCUAUUGCGACCGGAGACUUCGUCACAGGUGUGGUUUUCAGCCACAACACGGUCUCUAACUCGAUGUAUGGCACCCGCGUGAAGGCCCAGAGUGCAGCAACAAGUGGUGCUGUUAGCAAUGUGACGUGGACCGGGAACACCAUAUCCGGAGCCGCGAAAUAUGGCGUUCUCAUCACCCAGUCCUAUCCCGACGACGACGGUACACCGGGGGUAGAUACACCGUUCAGCGACGUGAAGUUUGUAGGUGAUCCCACUAGCGUUACUGUGGUCGAGAGUGGCCACAGAAUAACCGUCGAUUGCGGCAACUGCGCUGGGACAUGGGACUUCUCUGGACUCACAGUAGGCGGCGGUCUUCCAGGAACAAUCGCAUCUGGCAACGCGACGAUUCAAGGCGGCUCAUAUUGAGUGUCAUGGUAUCCAGAUACCGGCAGAUGUUACUUAUGUACACGAGCGCAGAAUCUCCGGACAUGUACCCGAGUCCCGACAGAUAACCCAUUGACAACAUUCUUUGUAUGCCUGUGAGGACAAAUGCACCGUGGACAUCAUUCACACAGUACCUACUAGCUCUUGUCAACAUGGUUCGAUUGUCGUUGAGCGAAUGAAGAUGAUG